AUGAGUGCCGUCGUCACCCAAGCUGGCCCUCACCUGGGGCCCGUGGCACCCGCCGUGGCCCCCGACCCGCCUCCUGACGUCCUCCUGGCACUCCUCUCACGCAACAAGGCUCUUGAAGUAUUUGAUGAUACUCGUGUGACACAGUCAUUAUUACCAAACACCGCCGCCAAACACCGCGGCCAAACACCGCGGCCAAACACCGCGGCCAAACACCGCGGCCAAACACCGCGGCCAAACACCGCGGCCAAACACCGCGGCCAAACACCGCGGCCAAACACCGCGGCCAAACACCGCGGCCAAACACCGCGGCCAAACACCGCCGCCAAACACCGCCGCCAAACACCAGCCGCCAAACACCAGCCGCCAAACACCGCCGCCAAACACCGCGGCCAAACACCGCGGCCAAACACCGCCGCCAAACACCGCGGCCAAACACGGCGGCCAAACACCGCGGCCAAACACCGCCGCCAAACACCGCCGCCAAACACCGCCGCCAAACACCGCCGCCAAACACAGCCGCCAAACACCGCCGCCAAACACCGCUGCCAAACACCGCGGCCAAACACCGCCGCCAAACACCGCCGCCAAACACCGCCGCCAAACACCAGCCGCCAAACACCAGCCGCCAAACACCGCGGCCAAACACCGCGGCCAAACACCGCCGCCAAACACCGCGGCCAAACACCGCCGCCAAACACCGCCGCCAAACACCGCCGCCAAACACCGCCGCCAAACACCGCCGCCAAACACCGCCGAAAAACACCGCCGCCAAACACAGCCGCCAAACACCGCUGCCAAACACCGCGGCCAAACACCGCCGCCAAACACCGCCGCCAAACACCGCUGCCAAACACCGCAGCCAAACACUGCGGCCAAACACCGCAGCCAAACACCGCCGCCAAACACAGCUGCCAAACACCGCCGCCAAACACAGCUGCCAAACACCGCCGCCAAACACCGCCGCCAAAUACCGCCGCCAAACACCGCCGCCAAACACAGCUGCCAAACACCGCCGCCAAACACUGCCGCCAAACACCGCCGCCAAUUACCGCGGCCAAACACGGCCGCCAAACACGGCCGCCAAACACCGCUGCCAAACACCGCAGCCAAACACCGCGGCCAAACACCGCAGCCAAACACCGCCGCCAAACACAGCUGCCAAACACCGCCGCCAAACACCGCCGCCAAACACCGCCGCCAAACACAGCUGCCAAACACCGCCGCCAAACACAGCUGCCAAACACCGCCGCCAAACACCGCCGCCAAACACCGCCGCCAAACACCGCUGCCAAACACCGCCGCCAAACACCGCCGCCAAACACCGCCGCCAAACACCGCCGCCAAACACCGCCGCCAAACACCGCUGCCAAACACCGCCGCCAAACACCGCCGCCAAAUACCGCCGCCAAACACCGCCGCCAAACACAGCUGCCAAACAUCGCCGCCAAACACAGCCGCCAAACACCGCCGCCAAACACCGCCGCCAAACACCGCCGCCAAACACAGCUGCCAAACACCGCCGCCAAACACCGCCGCCAAACACCGCCGCCAAUUACCGCGGCCAAACACGGCCGCCAAACACCGCCGCCAAACACCACCUCCAAACAUCGCCUCCAAACACCGCCGCCAAACACCGCCGCCAAACACCGCCGCCAAACACCGCCACCAAACAUCGCCUCCAAACACCGCCGCCAAACACCACCUCCAAACACCACCUCCAAACACCACCUCCAAACACCACCUCCAAACACCACCUCCAAACACCGCCGCCAAACACCGCCGCCAAACACCACCUCCAAACACCACCUCCAAACACCACCUCCAAACACCGCCUCCAAACACCGCCUCCAAACACCGCCGCCAAACACCGCCGCCAAACACCACCUCCAAACACCGCCUCCAAACACCGCCGCCAAACACCACCUCCAAACACCACCUCCAAACACCACCUCCAAACAUCGCCUCCAAACACCGCCGCCAAACACCGCCGGCGCUGACCACCAAGAAUACAUCAACAACAGCAAGAAUACAUCAACAACAGUAAGAACAUCAUCAGCAGUAAGAACAUCAACAACAGUAAGAACAUCAUCAGCAGUAAGAACAUCAACAACAGUAAGAACAUCAUCAGCAGUAAGAACAUCAUCAACAGUAAGAACAUCAUCAGCAGUAAGAACAUCAUCAACAGAAGGAACAUCAUCAACAGUAAGAACAUCAUCAACAGAAGGAAUAUCAUCAACAGAAGGAACAUCAUCAACAGAAGGAACAUCAUCAACAGAAGGAACAUCAUCAACAGUAAGAACAUCAUCAACAGAAGGAACAUCAUCAACAGAAGGAACAUCAUCAACAGAAGGAACAUCAUCAACAGAAGGAACAUCAUCAACAGAAGGAACAUCAUCAACAGUAAGAACAUCAUCAACAGAAGGAACAUCAUCAACAGUAAGAACAUAA